AUGAGUCCCAGCAUCACCUCCGACGCCACCCAGUCAUACCCCCAGCGGAUGACAGUGGCCAAGAGACGAGAAGCGAGCGAGCUAAGAAAGACUUUGAAGCCUUUGAUGGAAAAGAGAAGGCGCGCGCGCAUCAACGAAAGCCUAGACCAUCUGAAGGCUCUCAUCCUCCCUUUGAUUGGCAAAGAUAACUCAAGAUAUUCUAAGUAUGAGAAAGCUGAUAUUCUUGAGAUGACCGUGAGAUUCCUCCGAGACCUGCCCGCUGCCCCUGUAAAAAGUCCAGCUGAAAGUUACAAAGAGGGCUACAAAGCAUGCCUUCAGCGCGUCUCCACCAUGCUCCCCAAAACCAACCUCCUCGACAAAGACACCUGCCAGCGUGUGAAUGAGUACAUCCAGCAGUCGAUGUCGGCGGUCGAAGCGCCUGCCUGUCACAACUGCAGCGCCCAGAGCUCCCGCGCCUUUCCUCACGCUAACCAGCGAGUCCCGAGCUUCAAGUGCGCCGGGAGCUCCAGAAGCGAGACCCAUUCAAACAACAACGGCCUGCCUCUGAACAGACCGCAGCCGGUGCCACAGGCCCUCACUGCCAACAUGUGGCGACCAUGGUAG